AUGGGUUGGCUUAUAACGCAAACAUCUAGCAACCCAAAGGUUGUGAGUUUGAAUCUGAUCACGGACAACUUUAGCAUUUUAGCUAAUUGGCAAAAAUUCAACUACUUACUACUUUUUAUCUACUUUGCAACUACUUAGCAUGUUAGCUAACCCUUCCCCUAACCCUAACCUUAACCCUUUUAACUAACCCUUCGUCACACCCUAACCUUAACCUUAACCCUUUAACCUAACUCCUAAACUUAACCCUAACCCCUAACCUUAACCCCUAGCCUAGCCUAGCUAACGUUAGCCAGCUAGCUAAUGUUAGCCACCUAGCCACCUAGCUAGAAUUCGUAACAUAUCAUAAGUUUUGCAAAUUCGUAACGUAUUGUACGUUUUGGUAAUUAGUAACAUAUGAUACGAAUUGUAAUUCGUAACAUAUCAUACGAAAUGGGUGAUGGACAUCCAAUUAAAAUACAUACCAUACGAAAUGUAACAUAUCACACUAAAUGGAGUGUCUCGGAUUUUAUGUACAGAAUAAAAUAAAAUGCUCUGAGACCAGGUUGCAACAUAGGAUAUCUCUCUGUUUCUGACACUUCAUUUGUCUCACACACAUGCACAUUUCUCUCUCAUCCCAGCUGUUUCAAAUAGACUCACCCUAUGAGAGGAUGGCCCCGCCCCUGGCACGAUCUGCUCCAGGUGAGCUCAACCAUUGGUGGAGCCAGCUCAGGUUCCGCCUCCAGAACAGGAAGGGGUGGAACGAGAUGCUGGAUGAAACUUUUUUGCUACAGAACAAACGGUGAGUCUCCUAUUGGUAAAAAAAAUAACAGCUACUGACGUAUUGGUUGAUAUUAUGCUGCGUUCAUAACAAGUGGGAGCAACAGUUGUGUGUGUUCACAUGCUUUUAACUAAUUGAGAUUGCAGAUUGGCUAAUGGCAAACAAGCUGAGUCAACCAUAAACUAAAAGUACAGCUAUUUAAAAAACAUCUUAAUAGUUUGGUUUUUUAUAAAUAUUGUUUUGUUGUUGCAUUUAACUGCCAAAAAUGCUGUAAACGAGGUAAUUUCCUUAAUAUAUGACGUCAGAGCUCAGCAUGUGGGAGAAGUCUGAGCUCAGAGAUGAUAGACAGUUUCCCACUAGUAAUUACCAGCUGGAGGGGCGUUCAAGUGGAUUUGCUGAUAUUUACGAGAUGUUCUGAACGCAGCAUUAGAUUUCUAACUUGCAAACACACUCUCUCUCCCACAGAACAAACGACGUCCCUCUCUUCUUUGCCGCCAAAGAGAACAGUGCAGGUUGCAUUAAGAAACUUCUGGACUGUGCGUCCACUAAUAUCUUUGAGAGAGGUGCUCUGGGGGAGACCGUGCUGCAUGUGGCAGUUAUGAAUGAUAACAUGGAAGCUGCUGUAGCUCUGAUGGACGGAGCACCUGAACUCAUCAAUGAGCCCAUGACCUCUGACCUCUUCCUUGGUACAUACACUCUCACAAAUAAUGGACAAACACACUAUAAUAUUAUAAAACUCACACAGAUAUUAAAUCACACAAUCAUAUAUUCUCUCUCUGUCGAUCUCAAUCAGGCAUUUUUUAUUUAUUUUUUUCAGGCAUGACACCUCUCCACGUUGCCGUGGUGAAUCAGAGCGUUAACCUGGUCCGCAGCCUGAUUGGUCGAGGGGCGGAUGUGGCCACACCCAGAGUCACAGGCCUGUACUUCAGGAAGAGAAGAGGAGGGCUGCUCUACCAUGGUAAGAUGACUGUUUGUGGUCUGUAAGGACUAGAGAAGUGCAUUUUGGGAAAUGUGGUUGUUUGAUGCCGUUUGCUUUACUUUAGGUGAGCACAUCCUGACAUUUGCGGCCUGUGUGGGGAAUCAGGACAUCAUCUCCAUGGUGAUCAACGCAGGAGCCAGCACCAGGGCCCAGGACUCCAUUGGUAUGAAACACUUCUCUUUCUUCUCCUCGUCCUCCCCCUCUUCUCUCUUCUCCUUUUUCCAGCAGUUGAAUAUCUCCCUCUCUCCCCCCUAGGUAACACAGUGCUCCACAUCCUGGUCCUGCAGCCUAAUAAGACUAUAGCAUGCAUGGCAUUGGAUCUGCUGUUGGCACACGACGUUGAGCUGGACCAGGCUGUGCCACUGGACAUGGUGCCCAACUACCGUGGCUUAACGCCCUUCAAACUGGCUGCCAAGGAGGGCAACCUUGUGGUGAGGACAGAGAGGAAUAAAGAAAGAAACCGGGGACAUAAUAGGAGAGGAGAAGAGGGAUAGUCUUUCCCCUAUUAUCUUUAAGAUAACCUGUAGUCAAAACCAUCUCCUCCAUACUCAAAUAUACUUUAUACAGUAUAUGUUCUUAUAAAAAUGUCAUUAACCUACAAAUGAAUGGUGCUGCAUUUUCUACGUUUUUCUAUCUCUCUCUCAGGCAUUCCAGCACCUGGUCAACCGGAGGCGAGUCGUCCAAUGGAACCUGGGACCCCUGACCUCUAACCUCUAUGACCUCACAGAGAUCGACUCCUUGGUCGCCGACGACGACCUCUCUGUGCUGGAGCUCAUCGUGGGCAGCCAGAGGAGAGAGGUACAGUACAGUACAGUACACAAACAUGAUACAGUGUAAUAUACACUAUAGGGAAACUGAUGAUGAUGAUGAUCUCCUCCCUCAGGCAAGGAGGAUACUGGAAGUGACUCCUGUUAGGCAGUUGGUCAGUCUCAAGUGGAACCUCUAUGGAAAACACUACUUUAGGUAACAACACAUACAGUGAUCAUGUUCUAAUGUGUUUGAGAUUCUGUCAUUUGUUUAUUUCUAAAGUUGUUUUAACGUUGUUAUUGUGUUGUGUACAGGUUGUUGCUGCUGCUGUACGUCCUGUACAUUGGGAUCUUCACUCUGUGUUGUGUGUGUCGCCCUCUAAAGGAUGCUCCAGAGAAUUACACUGUAUCUGACAUGGACAAAACCAUCCGAGUGCAGAAAUCUCUGAAGGUGGGGGAGACAUGAAGGCCCCUUCAUAUGACAGCCUGUGUGCAAAUCCACAAUCAAAGGUGUUCAUAUUAACCCUUUGUGAUCCACGUGUCUUGUUCUCUGUCCCUGUAGGAGAGUUAUGUGACCUAUGGGGACAACUUGCGUCUGGGAGGAGAGAUGAUCAGUGUCCUGGGUGCCCUGGUUAUUCUGCUACUGGAGGUAAAAUAUACAUUAUCCAAUAGUUUUACAUUUCACUUAUAUUUACACUGUAGAUUAGAUCAGAUUAUUGGCUGUCAAUAUAAUCUGUGUUAUUCCCAAUCCCUAAGAUCCCAGAUAUGCUGAGAGUGGGGGCCAAGCAGUACUUUGGACAGACGGCCCUGGGGGGACCCUUCCAUGUCAUUCUGUACGUCAACCUUGGUACCUAUGUAUCCUUUAUUACCUGCCUAGUGAUGUUAUUAUUAUGUCAUGUCUAUGUAGCAUUUAUACCCUGUGUAAUAACCUGUGUGUUUCCUCCCCAGUAUUGCCUAUGCGAUGCUGGUGGUGCUGCUGUGUGUGUUCAGGGUCAGUGGGGUGCAGGGGGAGGCAGUUGUCAUGGCUGUGUGUCUGGUACUGGGCUGGAGUAACGUCAUGUUCUUCGCCCGAGGCUUUCAGAUGCUGGGGCCUUAUGUCAUCAUGAUACAGAAGGUACGUAAGGGCAGCAGACACACACGCACGCAUGCACACACACACAAACCAGUGGCGUGUGGUGAGGUAGGUGGCUGGGUAAGUACUGUUUUUUAUCAAAGCCAGAUUUACUUACAAAUAAACCUUGAUAAACCCAAGUUCCCCAUACAACAGCUCCAACAACCAGAGUGACAUAGGCUAUUAACCAAAAUUGACAAACAAUGUUCACCAAAUGUUAAUAACAAUGUAGCCAAGAUACACAAGCAAUAGCCUCGGAUGGUGGCAUAUUUCAUAUCAUCUGACAAAAUGACACACUGCUCAUCUCAGAUGAGCCAUAGACCGAUGUCUCAUCUCCAGUUACAACUGAUAGGUGGCACUAAAAUAUCAAUAUAUGGACACAUUUCAUCUGAAUAAUUCGCAAUAGGGGUGUGUCGAUCUCGUCAUACUCAGUUUUAUCACACUUGAGGCUUUGAACACACCGACUGCGAAAUUGCGCAAAAUAGUACGCAGCAUCAUCUAGAUAUGUGUGCAACAAAAGUUAAACAUUCAAUUCUCUACCAUAUUCUUGCAACCCGUUUUACGCAUACAGUUUACGCAUACGUUCGAUAAAUCCAAACGUAUGCACCAACAGGACGCACUGCCACUGCACGCAAUGCUGCAAGGCAAACGCAUCAUUCCCUUGGAAUGAAUGUAUUUGGUGUACAAAACGCAAAGCACAGUCCGGUGUGUUUCAAACGUGAUACUGGUUAAUCGGCUAUACUCAUGAUCGGAAAACUCGGAAGUGCGCUUAAAUGCGGUAAAGCCUAUAAAGCAAGUGUGCAUUACUGCACUAUCACCACGCACGCAUCUCAGAGUGCAUCGUUAUGUUCCUUUUCUCAUUCCACACACGGUUCAAAGGUAACAACCCCACAUUUGAAAAUGCCCAUGAUUACUUCCUAGUCCUUUCAAUUAUCAACGAAUAGGCUAAUAAUUAGCCUAAUGCAUGGCUGGCUACGACUGCCAUUCACUUGCAACUACUUAGCAUGUUAGCUAACCCUUCCCCUAACCCUAACCUUAACCCUUUUAACUAACCCUUCGUCACACCCUAACCUUAACCUUAACCCUUUAACCUAACUCCUAAACUUAACCCUAACCCCUAACCUUAACCCCUAGCCUAGCCUAGCUAACGUUAGCCAGCUAGCUAAUGUUAGCCACCUAGCCACCUAGCUAGAAUUCGUAACAUAUCAUAAGUUUUGCAAAUUCGUAACGUAUUGUACGUUUUGGUAAUUAGUAACAUAUGAUACGAAUUGUAAUUCGUAACAUGUCAUACGAAAUGGGUGAUGGACAUCCAAUUAAAAUACAUACCAUACGAAAUGUAACAUAUCACACUAAAUGGAGUGUCUCGGAUUUAUGUACAGAAUAAAAUAAAAUGCUCUGAGACCAGGUUGCAGCAUAGGAUAUCUCUGUUUCUGACACUUCAUUUGUCUCACACACAUGCACAUUUCUCUCUCAUCCCAGCUGUUUCAAAUAGACUCACCCUAUGAAAGGAUGGCCCCGCCCCUGGCACGAUCUGCUCCAGGUGAGCUCAACCAUUGGUGGAGCCAGCUCAGGUUCCGCCUCCAGAACAGGAAGGGGUGGAACGAGAUGCUGGAUGAAACUUUUUUGCUACAGAACAAACGGUGAGUCUCCUAUUGGUAAAGAAAAUAACAGCUACUGAAGUGUUGGUUGAUAUUAUGCCCCAAGUGGGAGCAACAGUUGUGUGUGUUCACAUGCUUUUAACUCAUUGAGAUUGCAGAUUGGCUAAUGGCAAACAAGCUGAGUCAACCAUAAACUAAAAGUACAGCUAUUUAAAAACCAUCUUAAUAGUUUGGUUUUUUAUAAAUAUUGUUUUGUUGUUGCAUUUAACUGCCGAAAAUGCUGUAAACGAGGUCAUUUCCUUAAUAUGUGACGUCAGAGCUCAGCAUGAGGGAGAAGUCUGAGCUCAGAGAUGAUAGACAGUUUCCCACUAGUAAUUACCAGCUGGAGGGGCGUUUAAAAGGAAUUUCCCAGUCGUAUGCUGAUAUUUUUAAGAAUUUACAAGAUGUUCUGAACGCAGCAUUAGAUUUCUAACUUGCAAACACACUCUCUCUCCCAUAGAACAAACGACGUCCCUCUCUUCUUUGCGGCCAAAGAGAACAGUGCAGGUUGCAUUAAGAAACUUCUGGACUGUGCGUCCACUAACAUCUUUGAGAGAGGUGCUCUGGGGGAGACCGCUCUGCAUGUGGCAGUUCUGAAUGAUAACAUGGAAGCUGCUGUAGCUCUGAUGGACGGAGCACCUGAACUCAUCAAUGAGCCCAUGACCUCUGACCUCUUCCUUGGUACAUACACUCUCACAAACAAAGGACAAACACACUAUAAUAUUAUAAAACUCACACAGAUAUUCAAUCACACAAUCAUAUAUUCUCUCUCUGUCGAUCUCAAUCAGGCAUGACACCUCUCCACGUUGCCGUGGUGAAUCAGAACGUUAACCUGGUCCGCAGCCUGAUUGGUCGAGGGGCAGAUGUGGCCACACCCAGAGUCACAGGCCUGUACUUCAGGAAGAGAAGAGGAGGGCUGCUCUACUAUGGUAAAAUGACUGUUUGUGGUCUGUAAGGACUAGAGAAGUGCAUUUUGGGAAAUGUGGUUGUUUGAUGCCGUUUGCUUUACUUUAGGUGAGCACAUCCUGGCAUUUGCGGCCUGUGUGGGGAAUCAGGACAUCAUCUCCAUGGUGAUCAACGCAGGAGCCAGCACCAGGGCCCAGGACUCCAAUGGUAUGAAACACUUCUCUUUCUUCUCCUCGUCCUCCUCCUCUUCUCUCUUCUCCUUUUUUCAGCAGUUGAAUAUCUCCCUCUCUCCCCCCUAGGUAACACAGUGCUCCACAUCCUGGUCCUGCAGCCCAAUAAGACUAUAGCAUGCCUGGCAUUGGAUUUGCUGUUGGCACACGACGUUGAGCUGGACCAGGCUGUGCCACUGGACAUGGUGCCCAACUACCGUGGCUUAACGCCCUUCAAACUGGCUGCCAAGGAGGGCAACCUUGUGGUGAGGACAGAGAGGAAUAGAGAAAGAAACCGGGGACAUAGUAGGAGAGGAGAAGAGGGAUAGUGUUUCCCCUAUUAUCUUUAACAUAACCUGUAGUCAAAACCAUCUCCUCCAUACUCAAAUAUACUUUAUACAGUAUAUGUUCUUAUAAAAUGUAAUUAACCUACAAAUGAAUGGUGCUGCAUUUUCUACGUUUUUCUCUCUCCCAGGCAUUCCAGCACCUGGUCAACCGGAGGCGAGUGGUCCAGUGGACCCUGGGACCCCUGACCUCUAACCUCUAUGACCUCACAGAGAUCGACUCCUUGGUCGCCGACGACGACCUCUCUGUGCUGGAGCUCAUCGUGGGCAGCCAGAAGAGAGAGGUACAGUACAGUACAGUACACAAACAUGAUACAGUGUAAUAUACAUUAUAGGGAAACUGAUGAUGAUGAUGAUCUCCUCCCUCAGGCAAGGAGGAUACUGGAAGUGACUCCUGUUAGGCAGUUGGUCAGUCUCAAGUGGAACCUCUAUGGAAAACACUACUUUAGGUAACAACACAUACAGUGAUCAUGUUCUGAUGUGUUUGAGAUUCUGUCAUUUGUCUAUUUCUAAUGUUGUUUUAACGUUGUUAUUGUGUUGUGUACAGGUUGUUGCUGCUGCUGUACGUCCUGUACAUUGGGACCUUCACACUGUGCUGUGUGUGUCGCCCUCUAAAGGACGCUCCAGAGAAUUACACUGUAUCUGACAUGGACAAAACCAUCCGCGUGCAGAAAACUCUGAAGGUGGGGGAGACAUGAAGGCCCCUUCAUAUGACAGCCUGUGUGCAAAUCCACAAUCAAAGGUGUUCAUAUUAACCCUUUGUGAUCCACGUGCCUUGUUCUCUGUCCCUGUAGGAGAGUUAUGUGACCUAUGGGGACAACUUGCGUCUGGCAGGAGAGAUGAUCAGUGUCCUGGGUGCCCUGGUUAUUCUGCUACUGGAGGUAAAAUAUACAUUAUCCAGUAGUUUUACAUUUCACUUAUAUUUACACUGUAGAUUAGAUCAGAUUAUUGGCUGUCAAUAUAAUCUGUGUUAUUCCCAAUCCCUAAGAUCCCAGAUAUGCUGAGAGUGGGGGCCAAGCAGUACUUUGGACAGACGGCCCUGGGGGGACCCUUCCAUGUCAUUCUGUACGUCAACCUUGGUGCCUUUGUAUCAUUUAUUACCUGCCUAGUGCUGUUAUUGUUAUGUCAUGUCUAUGUAGCAUUUAUAACCUGUGUAAUAACCUGUGUGUUUCCUCCCCAGUAUUGCCUAUGCGAUCCUGGUGGUGCUGCUGUGUGUGUUCAGGGUCAGUGGGGUGCAGGGGGAGGCAGUUGUCAUGGCUGUGUGUCUGGUGUUGGGCUGGAGUAACGUCAUGUUCUUCGCCAGGGGAUUUCAGAUGCUGGGGCCUUAUGUCAUCAUGAUACAGAAGGUAUGUAAGGGCAGCAAACACACACACACGCACGCGUGCACACACACACAAACCAGUGGCUUGUGGUGAGGUCGGUGGCUGGGUAAAUACUGUUUUUUAUCAAAGCCAGAUUUACUUCCAAAUAAAUCUUGAUAAACCCAAGUUCCCCAUACAACAGCUCCAACAACCAGAGUGACAUAGGCUAUUAACCAAAAUUGACAAACAAUGUUCACCAAAUGUUAAUAACAAUGUAGCCAAGAUACACAAGCAAUAGCCUCGGAUGGUGGCAUAUUUCAUAUCAUCUGACAAAAUGACACACUGCUCAUCUCAGAUGAGCCAUAGACCGAUGUCUCAUCUCCAGUUACAACUGAUAGGUGGCACUAAAAUAUCAAUAUAUGGGCACAUUUAAUCCGAAUAAUUCGCAAUAGGUGUGUGUCGAUCUCGUCAUACUCCGUUUUAUCACACUUGAGGCUUUAAACACACCGACUGCGAAUUUGCGCAAAAUAGUACGCAGCAUCAUCUAGAUAUGUGUGCAACAAAAGUUAAACAUUCACAUUCUGCUACCAUUUCUGUCAACCCGUUUACGCAUACAGUUUAACGCAUACGUUCGAUAAAUCCAACGUAUGCACCACACAGAACGCACUGCAACUGCAACGCAAUGCCGCAAGGAAAACGCAGCGUUCCAUUGGAAAUGAAUGUACUUCCGGUGUACCAAAACGCAAAGCACAGUCGGUGUGUUCAAAGCGUGAUACUCGUAAUCGGAUUUACUCAUGAUCGGAAAACUCGGAAGUGCGCUUUAAAUGCCGGUAAAUCCUAUAAAGCAAGUGUGCAUUACUGCACUAUCACUCAGAGCACAUCUCAGAGUGCAUCGUUAUGUUCCUUUACUCAUUCACACACUGUUCAAAGGUAAACGACCCCGACAUUUGAAAAUGCACAUGAUUUACUUACUUAGUCCUAUUCAAUUAUCAAUGAAAUAGGCUAAUAAAUAGCCUAAUGCAUGGCUGGCUACUACUGCCAAUUCACUUGCCCCAUAUACACGGAGUGUACAAAAUAUUAAGGACACCUGCUCUUUCCAUGACAGACUGACCAGGUGAAUCCAGGUGAACGCUAUGAUCCCUUAUUGAUGUCACUUGUUAAAUUCACUUAAAUCAGUGUAGAUGAAGGGGAGAAGACAGGUUAAAGAAUGAUUUUUUAGCCUUGAGACAAGUGAGACAUGGAUUGUGUAUGUGUGACAUUCAGAGGCUUAAUGGGCAAGACAAAUAUGUAAGUGCCUUUGAACUGGGUAUGGUAGUAGGUGCCAGGCGCACCGGUUUGUGUCAAGAACUGUAACGCUGCUGGGUUUUACACGCUCAAUAGUUUCCUGUGUGUAUCAAGAAUGGUCCACUACCAUGGCCCUUUUCCCUUUAUCCAGGUUACAACCUCUCACUUUCAGUUAAAUGAAAAUGGAACCUUUUUCAAAAUAUCACCCUUUCUAAAACAAGCCAUACAAAGCUGGUUGCAAUUCCAGUUUCAUCCUCCAGAAAAGACAGAACAAAUAUUGCAACAAACAAUAUGGAUAAAUUCAAAUAUACUAAUUGAUAAUAAUAAUCAAAAACAAUCUUUAUGGAAAAAUAAAAUAAAAAAGGAAUUAUCUUUGUUAAUGUUAUUUUGAAUAGGAAAGGUGGAGUUAUGUUACAUGUGCAGUUAACACAAAUAUAUGGAAAAGUUUGCUCUAUCCAAAAUUACAACCAACUGAUUGCAGAAUUACGCAAAAAUGGAGAAGGCAAGUGGAAGGGGGAGAAGGUAAGGAACUUUUUGCUUGCCCUUUACUAAAGACCAAAAUUGGCAAAAAUAAAUAAAUAUAUAUAUAUCAGUUUUACUUGAGGACCAAAAUGUUGACCAGAGAUUUUCGAUAUUCCGAUUCCGCGGUGCAACUAAAUAUUGGAAGGUGUCCUUAAUGUUUUGUACACUCAGUGUAUUGUUUCACUUUCGAGAGGAGCAAAACUUUUCUCUCAGGACACUUGUGCAAUAACAUUUGUACAAUCCAAAGAAACUAUCUACAUUUUUCAUUUUAUUUUCUUGUGCAAUAACAUUUGUACAAUCCAAAGAAACUAUCUACAUUUUUCAUUUUAUUUUCUAAUGAUCUGUCACUCCGUAAACAUGUCUGGGCAAGAAUAAACAAUAAUAGCUAGCAAGCAUGGGCUUGGAUCACGACAUAACGACAGACGUCGUCAGCAAUGGAAUACUUAUAUGGACAGACAAAUAGGCCUACUAAACAACGCCAAGUAGACAGACAAAAACAACCAUAUGGCCUCAGCAAAGUCGACAGGAAAUAACUACAUUGAACAACAAUGACUAGCUAUGGUUUCUGAUUCAUACAUGAUGUUUGGAGAAGGGAAGACUUGUGCCCUGAGACGAGUGACUGUGAGUGAGUGAAACAGACCCGCGCGUGUGUCUGUAUGGAGAAACGAGAGUAGAGGAAGAGCAGCUUCUUCUAAUCCAAUCGUUGCAGCAGGCUCAACCGAUACCCCACCCGUUUCUUUACAGACAGAAGAACUAGCCAAUAGUUGUUUAGAGCACACAGCGCUUCACACUGUUUGAGUUAAAGAGAGAUAGAUGUGUGCUGGCAGCUCAAAAUUACUAUUUUCCGAUCACAGAUAAUUACAUAAAAUACUCUUAUCAAAAUUAAUAUCCGUUACUCGGCACACCCCUAAUUCGCAAGGCAAACUCCAUAGGCUUUCACAAUGGAUUUACAAUUCUUCCAAUGCGCAGAAAUUGAAAUGACUGACAAAUGCCGUUAAAAAUGUCAAAUCAAUGUCUUAUCAAAUAGAAAUUCUAGCUUGAUAAAUACAAUGCAUUCCAAGGGAUGUUGUCUAUUCUUAUGAUUUAACAGUAGCCUAACCCAUAAAUUGCAAAGGGAAAUGCAUUUAGGCCUACCUUUACUUGUAAAUUAAGUCCAUUCGUCUGGUGAACCUCUCAGUGACAGCUUUGUAGAAGUCACAGCAGAACCCCAUGUCCAUUAUUUUAUUAUUUUAUUCUGCACAGCAGGCCCACGGUUGUGUGGGAGACACAUCCCCAAGUCCUCCUUCGGUUCCAUUUUCACACUGACACAAAAAUUCAUUCCCAUUCCCAUUACGUCCACAAAGCAAACGUGAAUGUCCAAGAUGUGUAAAAGUCAGGGUAAAAAGUUUUCAUUGGUAAUGACGUUUCAGACAAGUCGACAGUCCAGUAUUCACUGUUCGCUUGCCCAACUACUAGCAGUGAGGGAGAUGGUGAUUGCCUGUCAUGUCACGUCUUGCUUGUAGAGCUUCAGUAUGCUGCCUCUGUCUGUUCUUAACUUUCAUUAUAAACUGUUCGAGGUGCAAUAGUGUCCAUUUGUCAGGUUGUUUUUGCUAGCUAGCUUUGUUCAGUUCAGGGGAUACGAGUGCCAAAUUAUGUAGACGCCCAAAUGUGUACAGCUUAACCCAGACAAUACCCACGCAACAUGUUUAGGCAAUACGAAUGCGCAAAAUAUGAAAUCGGCUCAAUGCAACGAAUGAAGCUACUUCAAGCUAGGCAAUGCAGCGACGCCUAUGCUGACCCUAUCCAUUUACAGUGACUGGACUCAGAAACGGCCGUGGCGUCAACCAUUUUAAUGUAUUUGAAUGUCUGGAAAGGAAGGCAUGAAUACGCUGGUGCCUUUCCUGAGGCUUGGAUGUAGUUUUAAGAUAAAAAAAAAACUACCAGAAUCAUUGAAAAAAACAUUAGAUAACAAAAACAAUUAAAAUGUGUUUUUUCAUAACAUCUUUUUUAUUAGAUUAUCACUGGGUAAGCACUGCCUACCCUGGCUGCACAUCACAGACACACACACACACAGAGAGAGAGAGAGAGACACACAUAAGCAUUUGCAAAGCAUGUGCAAAGUUAUUAAAGUGGUUGGUAAUAUCAAAGGGCUUGUUCAUAACAAAACCCUUUGAAAUUGCCAACCACAUUAAUAACUUUUUUGUUGACAAGAUUAGCAAAUUUAGGUAUGACAUGCAAACAACAAAUGCUGAGCCUUCAUAUUCAUGCAUAAUGGAUCAAAUAAUGAAAGCAAGAACUGUAGUUUUGAGUUCCAAAAAGUAGGUGUGGAAGAGGUGAUUUUUUUGUUGUUGUUGCUAUCUAUAAAUAAGGACAAACCACCUGGUACAGACAACCUGGAUGGUAAAUACAUUGUGACAUGCUCAGCACUGACACAAAUGACUGAUGAUUGGCUGAAAGAAAGUGAUAGUAAGAAGAUUGUGGGAGCUGUUUUGUGCAGCUUUUGAUGUCAUUGAUCAUGACCUAUUGCUUAAAAAACGUAGGUGUUACGGAUUUGCAAUCCUUACUAUGGAUUGAGAGUUACCUAUCUAAUAGAACACAGAUGGUUUUCGUUAAUGGAAGCCUCUCUCAUGCAAAUUCCGUUGAUUGUGGUGUACCGCAGGGCAGCCGGCUAGGGCCAUUAUUGUUUUCUGUUUUUACAAAUUACCUUCCACUCAUCAUGAAUAAAGCAUGUGUGUCUAUGUACGCUGACAACUCAACAGUAUACACGUCGGCUGCAACAGUAAAAUAAAUAACUGAGACACUUAACAUAUAGCUCCAGUCAGUUUUAGAAUGUGUAACUAGCAAUAGGCUGGUGCUAAAUAUCUCAAAAACUAAAGCAUAAUUUUUGGGACAAAUCACUCGCUCAAUGCUAAACCUUGUUUAGAUCUAUUAUUGAAUAGUGUGGCUAUUGAGCAAGUUGAGGAGACUAAACUGCUGGUUGUAACCCUAGAUAGCAAGCAUUUAUGGUCAAAACAGAUCGACUCAAUGGUUGCUAAAAUGGGAAGAGGUCUGUCCAUGAUAGGGCGUUGCUCUGCCUUCUUGACAUCUCAGUCGACCAGACAGGUCCUAUAGGCCCUAGUUUUGUCGCACCUGGACUACUGCCCAGCUGUGUGGUCAUGUGCGGCAAAGAAGGACAUAGGUAAAUUGCAGUUGGUCCAGAACAAAGCAGCAUGUAUCGCACUUAGAUGUACAUGGAGGGAAAGUCUCAGUAACAUGCAUUUCAGUCUCUCCUGGCUCAAAGUUGAGGAGAGAUUGACUGCAUCACUAUUGGUCUUUGUGCGAGUUAUUGAUGUGUUGAAGGUGCCAAACUGUCUGUUCAAGCAGUUUGCACACAGUUCGGAUACUCAUUCGUACAACACAAGACAUGCAACCAGAGGUCCCUUCACAGUCCCCAGGUCCAGAACAGAGGCUGGGAAACGCACAAUAUUAAAUAGAGCCAUGACUACAUGGAACUCUCUGCCACCACAGGUAACUCAAGCUAAAAAUAAAACCAGUUUAAAAAAACAGAUAAAAGAACACAUUACUGCACAAAGGGGACUGUGAAGAGACACAGCCAUUUUAUAUAUAUUGUAUUGUAAUUUGUACUGUACUAUGUAUUAGACCUAGAUAUUGUUUGUAUGUACUGAUAUGUAGGCUAUGUGUGACGUUUUAAAUUGAUGCAUUUCAAUCCUUGACAAAUAAUGUUCUGUACUAUGUAUUAUGUCAUGUUUCAUGUGGACCCCAGGAAAAGUAGCUGAUGCUUUUGCAGCGGCUAAUGGGGAUCCUAAUAAAUACUAAAUACGAAAAAAAGACUGUAGAAUGUGUGGUUUUGCUGUUUUGAUUCCCAAUAUUAAACUGUUGUGGUGUUUUGUCUAAUUUCCUCCUAGAUUAUAUUUGGAGACCUCACCAAGUUCAUGUGGCUGAGCUUCAUCAUGCUCAUAGGGUUUUCCACCUGUAAGUACAUUCUGUUUAAGAGAAACUGCAUCAGCAAAACUUGGCAUUUCAAAUAAGCCAAUUGCUGACAAUUGUAUAAAAAAAACGAAUUCCUCUUUUUAUUCACUGGUUAUUGUUAUCUCUCUUUCUCUUUCUUUCUCUCUCUCCCUCACCCUCCCUCCCUCCCAUCCAGCCCUGUGGAUGGUGUACAUGACUCAGGACCCAGACUCUCUGCCUGCGUACCGCUCCUUCCCCAUCACUCUGUUCUCCCAGUUUGAGCUGAGUGUGGGUCUGAUAGACCUGCCAGUGGACCACACCAUCACAACGCCCCCUAUUGUCCAUGUGCUGCACUGCACCUUCUCUGUGGUGUCCUACAUACUGCUGCUCAACCUGCUCAUAGCCAUGAUGAGUGAUACACACUGGAGAGUAGCCCAGGAGAGGGACGAGCUCUGGAGGACACAGGUGUGCAUCAGUGUGACACACAUGCACACACACCCACAUGCACACACACAAAAACACACAGUCUCUCCUAUAGUGCCUUCAGAAAGUAUUCACACCCCUUGACUUUUUCCAUAUUUUGUUGUUUUACAUCCUGAAUUUAAAAUUGAUAAAUUGAGAUUUGUUGUCACUGGCCUACACACCAUUUAUUUUAACAAAUUCAUUAAAAAUGAAAAGCGGAAAUGUCUUGAGUCAAUAAGUAUUCAAUACCUUUGUUAUGGCAAGCCUAAAUAAGUUCAGGAGUAAAUAAUGUGCCUAAGAAGUCACAUAAUACGUUGCAUGGACUCACUGUGCAAUAAUAGUGUUUAACAUGAUUUUUGAAUGACUACCUCAUCUCUGUACCCCACACAUCAAAUUAUCUGUAAGGUCCCACAGUCGAGCAGUGAAUUUCAAACACAGAUUCAACCAUAAAGACCAGGGAGGUUUUCCAAUGCCUCGCAAAGAAGGGCACCUAUUGGUAGAUGGGUAAAAAUAAAAAAGCAGACAUUGAAUAUCCCUUUGAGCAUGGUGAAGUUAUUAAUUACGCUUUGGAUGGUGUAUCAAUACACCCAGUCACUACAAAGAUACAGAUGUCCUUCCUAACUCAGUUGCCGGAGAGGAAGGAAACCGCUCAGGGAUUUCACCAUGAGGCCAAUGGUGACUUGAAAACAGUUACAGAGUUUAAUGGCUAUGAUAGGUGAAAACUGAGGAUGGAUCAACAACAUUGUAGUUACUCCACAAUACAAACCUAAUUGACAGAGUGAAAAGAAGGAAGCCUGUACAGAAUACAAAUAUUCCAAAACAUGCAUCCUGUUUGCAACGAGGCACUAAGUAAUACUGCAAAAAAAUUUGCAAAGCAAUUAACUAUUUAUCCUGAAUACAAAAGUGUUAUGUUUGGGGCAAAUCCAAUACAACACAUUACUUACUGAGUACCACUCUCCAUAUUUUCAAGCAUGGUGGUGGCUAUAUCAUGUUAUGGGUAUGCUUGUAAUCAUUAAGGACUGAGGAGGUUUUCAGGAUAAAAAUAAACGGAGUGGAGCUAAGCACAGGCAAAAUCCUAGAGGAAAACCUGAUUCAGUCUGCUUUCCACCAGACACUGGGAGAUGAAUUCACCUUUCAGCAGGAGAAUAACCUAAAACACAUGGGCAAAUCUACACUGGAGUUGCUUACCAAGAAGACAGGUUCCUGAGUAGCCGAGUUACAGUUUUGACUUAAAUCUACUUGAAAAUCUACGGCAAGACCUGAAAAUGGUUGUCUAUCAAUAAUCAACAACCAAUUUGACAGAGCUUGAAGAAUGUUUUAAAAGAAUAAUGGGCAAAUGUUGAUCAAUCCAGGUGUGGAAAGCUCUUAGAGACUUACGCAGAAAGACUCACAGCUAUAAUCGCUGCCAAAAGUGCUUAUACAAAGUAUUGACUCAGGGGUGUGAAAUCUUAUGUAAAUUAGAUAUUUAUGUAUUUCAUUUUCAAUAAAUAUGCAAACAUGUCUAAAAACAUGUUUUCACUUUGUCAUUAUGGGGUAUUGUGUGUAGAUGGAUGAGAAAUAAAAUAAAUGUAAUCCAUUUUGAUUUCAGGCUGUAACAAAAUGUGGAAUAAGUCAAGGGGUAUGAAUACUUUCUGAAGGCACUAUGCAUACUCCAUACAAAUAGCUUAAAACCAUGAUGAACAUGAUGAGAGUGUAUACAGCGUCCCAAUCAGUGCCAUGUUAAUGAUCCUUAUGUCCUCUGUCCCUGCUCACUGUGUGUAGGUGGUGGCCACUACCCUGAUGUUGGAGAGGAGGUUGCCCCGCUGCCUGUGGCCCCGGCUGGGGGUAUGUGGCCUACUCUACGGCCUGGGGGAGCGGUGGUACCUCCGGUAAGAAAGCACUGGACAACACUUGGUUUAACUGUCCUAUUGUUGUACUCUCUUAGGUGUGGUGGUGUUAACAAUGUUUCCCCAUCAUAUACAGGCUUUAUAUUAUAAUGACUCUCUUAAUGUCUCGAUUGCAGGGUUGAGGAUCGCAACGACCCACUGGUGCAAAAGAUGCGUCGCUACAUCCAAGCCUUCUCUAAGGAUGAGGACCAGAGCAAGGAGCAUGAGGAGAUGGAGAACACUGACAUGUCAAAAGGACCUGUAACCCCUCUGAAUAGACCCAAACACAGUGGCGGAAUAGAUGGAAACAGGAAAUCCCUGGCAUGCUGGCAGAUGAUUCGCCACAGCACUCUGGGUUUAGAUGUGGAACAGGAAGAGCUUGACGAUGACCAGGAAGUAAGAUACGUCUGAGGGUUAAGACAGCAAAACAGAUGAUUAUAUUGUAAUUAUAUAAUAUACAGUUGAAGUCGGAAGUUUCCAUACACUUAGGUUGGAGUCAUUAAAACUCGUUUUUCAACCACAUUUAUUUUUAACAAACUAUAGUUUUGGCAAGUCGGUUAGGACAUCUACUUUGUGCAUGACACAAGUAAUUUUUCCAAGAAUUGUUUACAGACAGAUUAUUUCACUUAUAAUUCACUGUAUCACAAUUCCAGUGGGUCAGAUGUUUACAUACACUAAGUUGACUGUGCCUUUAAACAGCUUGGAAAAUUCCAGAAAAUGAUGUCAUGGCUUUAGAAGCUUCUGACAGGCUAAUUGACAUAAUUUGAGUCAAUUGGAGGUGUACCCGUGGAUGUAUUGCAAGGCCUACCUUCAAACUCAGUGCCUCUUUGCUUGACAUCAAGGGAAAAUCAAAAGAAAUCAGCCAAGACCUCAGAAAAAAAUAUGUAGACCUCCACAAGUCUGGUUCAUCCUUGGGAGCAAUUUCCAAACGCCUGAAGGUACCACGUUCAUCUGUACAAACAAUAGUACGCAAGUAUAAACACCAUGGGACCACGCAGCCGUCAUACUGCUCAGGAAGGAGACGCGUUCUGUCUCCUAGAGAUGAACAUACUUUGGUGUGAAAAGUGCAAAUCAAUCCCAGAACAACAGCAAAGGACCUUGUGAAGAUGCUGGAGGAAACAGGUACAAAAGUAUCUAUAUCCACAGUAAAACGAGUCCUAUAUCGACAUAACCUGAAAAGCCGUUCAGCAAGGAAGAAGCCACUGCUCCAAAACCGCCAUAAAAAAGCCAGACUACGGUUUGCAACUGCACACUUCACAAAAUAGAUGGCAUCAUGAGGAAGGAAAAUUAUGUGGAUAUAUUGAAGCAACAUCUCAAGACAUCAGUCAGGAAGUUAAAGCUUGGUCGCAAAUGGGUCUUCCAAGUGGCCUAUGACCCCAAGCAUACUUCCAAAGUUGUGGCAAAAAUGCUUAAGGACAACAAAGUCAAGGUAUUGGAGUGUCCAUUACAAAGCCCUGACCUCAAUCCUAUAGAAAAUGUUUGGGCAGAACUGAAAAAGCGUGUGUGAGCAAGGAGGCCUACAAACCUGACUCAGUUACACCAGCUCUGUCAGGAGGAAUUAGCCAAAAUUCACCCAACUUAUUAUGGGAAGCUUGUGGAAGGUUACCCGAAACGUUUGACCCAAGUUAAACAAUUUAAAGGCAAUGCUACCAAAUACUAAUUGAGUGUAUGUAAACUUCUGACCCACUUGGAAUGUGAUGAAAUAAAUAAAAGCUGAAAUAAAUAAUUCUCUCUACUAUUAUUCUGACAUUUCACAUUCUUAAAAUAAAGUGGUGAUCCUAACUGACCUAAGACAGGGAAUUUUUACUAGGAUUAGAUGUCAGGAAUUGUGAAAAACUGAGUUUAAAUGUAUUUGGCUAAGGUGUAUGUAAACUUCCGACUUCAACUGUAUGUGUGAUACAAUUAUGUAUGCAGUAUUAUGUGUGGAAAACAAAUGAUUGUAUUGUAGUAGCUAGUGUAUAUGGGUAAGGCUGGGUUGAAAUGUAGACUAGAUUCAUUUGGAAUCUUCUUGGACCAUGUAUGUUGCUUUAUCAUUCCAAGUAAACCUCAUGAAUAGUUUUUAUUAAAGAUUUUACAUUAAACUGUUUGUUUUUUACUGGGACAAAUUAUAUUGAACUUUUUUUUCCUUCAGGAUUGUAAAUCAGAACAUAAAACCUAAUGAUUGGUUAAUGCACAUAAUAAUGUAGAUCAUUAUUACAUUCAAAUUCAUUAAGUAAACAUAUAGAAACAUCUCACCAAAACAAGCAAAUAAGUGCAUUAUUCAUCUUUUACAUUAGUGCAAAUUCUAACUGAAACUAGCAGGCGGACUUGAUUGUUCUUCACAAGGCAUAACUAACUGUAAUGUGAUUUUAUUUACCAUCAUUGGUUAUACCUGGAUGUCUAAUUAAUUAUAACAUAGACUUGGGUCAUACAGUGUAUAAUAAUGGUUUAAAAGGCUAUUGAUAGAGAUGUGUAAUCGUGGUUUAAAAGGUUAUUGAUAGAGAUGUGCAAUCAUGGUUUUAAUUGUAAGGUACUGUAUUAGUGGGUUAAAAGAGUUGCCAAUUAAUGACCUACUCAACAGUUUAGAUAUGCAGAUGCAAACCACAUUAAUAGUAGGCUCGACCAAGGAAAUGUGUCUGUAAUUAAAAUUCGGAACUGGGAAAACUGUACAUUCACUGUCCUCUCUCACACACACGCUCAGGGUGUUUGUCAAUAUGCAUACUACCGUGCUCUACACUCUCAUGCUCCGAGUGCAUUUUCCGACCACGUUCGCUUGAGUACGUUCUUGUGAGGACGAGAGUGUAGAGAAUACUUAAAACAAUACAUUUGAGAAGCACUCGCAUUCCCCCUACUUUAUAACCUCACGCUUCAUCUCCCCAUUCACUGAACCUUCUUCCAGCCAGGAUAAUGGCAACAAUAGACAAAACAAGAUAUACACAAAGCAAACAUUUUACUUCAUAUUUAUAAGAUAGAUAUGUGAAUUGUAAUAAUGUAGCUAACCAGAUAGAUUAACAGGCAAAAAUUACCUAAAACUAAUAUUAUGCAAGAUACUCAAUUCUUCGUGGGUAGCUAGCUAACAACUCUUUGUGGCUAUCUAGCUAGCUAACGGUAAUAGUAGCUAGCCAGUUAGCCCUAUUGACUUAUUAUGGGCUUGCUAUCUACGGUACUUAGGCAGGUAAACAUGCCAAACUUAACACAGCAUGUAUUUAUUAACGUAUCCAGAUAAAAUAUUGUAGCCAGGCAACAUAUGAGAUGUGAAUAGGCAACAUUUCAUUCCGAAGUCGGAGUGUAUUUUCUCUCGCUUCAGCUCAAAUAGUGUCCGCCAUUUCAAGAAAUGUUGCAUAAUUUUUUAUGUGGUUGCAUCAUAUUUCUUUGCAUAUUUUCAGUUGAAGCUUGCAUCAAUGCAUGCUUCAAAAUAUGUACAAACGGAGUACGCAUUCGAGAAGUGCCCUCCGUGCUCCGUUUCGCAUACUUUGAUUUGGACUCAUACUCCCGUGCUCCAAUUUGCGUGCUUGGAGAACAGUAGUAUGCAUUUUGAGAAACACCCUCAGUCUCUCUCUAUUCCUCUUUUUCCUCUAUUAUUCCUCUCUUGCGUAUUAAAAGUAGAAAUAAUGUUUAUUGCUUUGAUAGGACAUUAUCAGAGCUCCAUUAAUUUGGAAUUAGUUGAGACAUAUGUAAUAAUAAUGCAAUAAUCUUAUUAUAAUAAUAUUUAUGGUUUAGGCGGGGUAUCUGUAAAGCACUUUGUGACAACUGCUUAUGUAAAAAGGGCUUUAUAAAAUACACUUAAUUGUUUGAAUUUGAUUCAUAAUAUAAUAACAGAGCUGUAGCCACCUGUAACUGGUCUGUCUCUGGCACAGGGCUGGUCAGGAGAAGCUUCAGCAUAAAAAAGAGUAUAUAGCCUAAGGCAAACUUUUUUUAAUAAAGAGUAAACCUACAGUAAUACAGUAAGAUAAAAUAUAUAUAUACUGAUGUAUUCUGAGGUAAGUGGAACACAGCGUUGUACGAGAUCUUCAGUUUCUUGGCAAUUUCUCGCAUAGAAUAGCCUUCAUUUCUCUGAACAAGAAUAGACAGAUGAGUUUCAGAAGAAAGUUAUUUGUUUCUGGCCAUUUUGAUCCUGUAAUCGAACACACCAUUGCUGAUGCUCCAGAUACUCAACUAGUCUCAAGAAAGCCAGUUUUAUUGCUUCUUUAAUCAGCACAACAGUUUUCAGCUGUGCUAACAUAAUUGCAAAAGGGUUUUCUAAUGAUCAAUUAGCCUUUUAAAAUGAUAAACUUGGAUUAGCAAACACAACGUGCCAUUGGAACACAGGACUGAUGGUUGCUGAUAAUGGGCCUCUAUACGCCUAUGUAGAUAUUCCAUUAAAAAUCAGCCGUUUCCAGCUACAAUAGCCAUUUACAACAUUAACAAUGUCUACACUGUAUUUCUGAUCAAUUUGAUGUUAUUUGAAUGGACAAAAAAUGUGUUUUUCUUUUAAAAAACAAAGACAUUUCUAAGAGACCCCAAACUUUUAAACGGUAGUUAAAAAUAAAUGCACUGUUGGUUAAGGGCUGUAAGUAAGCAUUUCACUGUAAUGUCUGCACCUGAUGUAUUCGGCGCAUGUGGCCAAAUUAAAUUUGAUUUGAUUUGAUUUGAUUUAGUGUACAUAUACAUACAGUGAGGGGAAAAAGUAUUUGAUCCCCUGCUGAUUUUGUACGUUUGCCCACUGACAAAGAAAUGAUCAGUCUAUAUUUUAAUGGUAGGUUUAUUUGAACAGUGAGAGACAGAAUAACAACAAAAAAAUCCAGAAAAACGCAUGUCAAAAAUGUUAUAAAUUGAUUUGCAUUUCAAUGAGGGAAAUAAGUAUUUGACUCCUCUGCAAAACAUGACUUAGUACUUGGUGGCAAAACCCUUGUUGGCAUUCACAGAGGUCAGAUGUUUCUUGUAGUUGGCCACCAGCUUUGCACACAUCUCAGGAGGGAUUUUGUCCCACUCCUCUUUGCAGAUCUUCUCCAAGUCAUUAAGGUUUCGAGGCUGACGUUUGGCAACUCGAACCUUCAGCUCCCUCCACAGAUUUUCUAUGGGAUUAAGGUCUGGAGACUGGCUAGGCAACUCCAGGACCUUAAUGUGCUUCUUCUUGAGCCACUCCUUUGUUGCCUUGACCGUGUGUUUUGGGUCAUUGUCAUGCUAGAAUAUCCAUCCACGACCCAUUUUCAAUGCCCUGGCUGAGGGUUCUCACCCAAGAUUUGACGGUACAUGGCGCCGUCAAUCGUCCCUUUGAUGCGGUGAAGUUGUCCUGUCCCCUUAGCAGAAAAACACCCACAAAGCAUAAUGUUUCCACCUCCAUGUUUGAUGGUGGAGGGGGUGUUCUUGGGGUCAUAGGCAGCAUUCCUCCUCCUCCAAACACGGCGAGUUGAGUUGAUGCCAAAGAGCUCGAUUUUGGUCUCAUCUGACCACAACACUUUCACCCAGAUCUCCUCUGAAUCAUUCAGAUGUUCAUUGGCAAACUUCAGACGGGCCUGUAUAUGUGCUUUCUUGAGCAGGGGGACCUUGCGGGCGCUGCAGGAUUUCAGUCCUUACGGCGAGUGUGUUACCAAUUGUUUUCUUGAUGUCUAUGGUCCCAGAUGCCUUGAGAUCAUUGACAAGAUCCUCCCGUGUAGUUCUAGGCUGAUUCCUCAGCGUUCUCAUGAUCAUUGCAACUCCACGAGGUGAGAUCUUGCAUGGAGCCCCAGGCCGAGGGAGAUUAUUUUGUGUUUCUUCCAUUUGCGAAUAAUCGCACCAACUGUUGUCACCUUCUCACCAAGUUGCUUGGCGAUGGUCUUGUAGCCCAAUCCAGCCUUGUGUAGGUCUACAAUCUUGUCCCUGACAUCCUUGGAGAGCUCUUUGGUCUUGACCAUGGUGGAGAGUUUGGAAUCUGAUUGAUUGAUUGCUGCUGUGGACUUGUGUCUUUUAUACAGGUAACAAGCUAAGAUUAGGAGCACUCCCUUUAAGAGUGUGCUCCUAAUCUCAGCUCGUUACCUGUAUAAAAGACACCUGGGAGCCAGAAAUCAUUCUGAUUGAGAGGGGGUAAAAUACUUAUUUCCCUCAUUAAAAUGCAAAUCAAUUUAUAACAUUUUUGACAUGCGUUUUUCUGGAUUAUUUUGUUGUUAUUCUGUCUCUCACUGUUAAAUUAAACCUACCGUUAAAAUUAUAGACUGAUCAUUUCUUUGUCAGUGGGCAAAUGUACAAAAUCAGCAGGGGAUCAAAUAUUUUUUUCCCUCACUGUACAUAUAUAUAUACAUAUCCUUUAAAAAUAUAUAUUUCCCUUUAUUACUUUAAAACCCCACCACCCCUUCCCUAAUUGGAGUAAACGAGUGAACAACCAUGCUUAGGCCUCUACUUCCAGCUUAUACAUACUAUAUACAUUUUAUGGACACAGUCAAUUUUACAAUAAUUAUAUUUUGUUUGUUUUUACUCCUGAACUUCCUCUACCCUCAACCUCUCCGAUCAUUUUCAUGAUGUCCAUCCGGUUUGCUUCUAUGUGCCAUAUCUUUCUAACUGUUACAUUAGUUAUCUUGUUAUUAUUAGUUGUUGUUAGUUGUUAUUAGUCCCAUCCUUCAGCUCCAUUCAACACCUCCCAUCUAUCGCUUAACACCAUCCACAUUGGAUUUCUAUUUGAAAUAUAUUUUUCAACUGUACUGUGAUGUUUCACAAAAGUUCUGAACCCUUCUAUUCUCAUUGUUUCUACAGAUUGUAAAUUAAAAAUAAACAUUUUUGCUAAAAGUAUUAUUAUAUUAUUGAUUGAUUGACUAUAACUUUUCAGAUCACCCAGUAGCGCUAUCUGCAGGGUUAGCUCCAGGUAAAUAUUGCAAUCCUUUAGCCAUUCCUGGACCUGUGACCAAAAACAAGCUACAAAUGGACAGUGCCAAAACAAAUGAUCUAAUGAUUCUGUAUCUUCACAGAAAAAUCUGCAGAGCUGGGAAGAUUGUAUCCCCCAUAUAAAUAACAUUAUAUUGGUAGCAAGAAUUUUGUAUAAUAAUUUAAAUAGAAAAAUUCUAAGUUUUGAAUCCGGCCUUGUUUUGCAUAUCAGUUCAUAAACACUAUGCCAUGGAAUUGGUACGUCAAAAAUCUCUUCCCAACUAUUUUGCAAAUUAUAUAUGACGGCUGUCAAUCCUUUGGUCCUUAAAUGAAACUGGAAUACUUUUUUAUUUAUCACAAUUUUCUUUAACCAAUUAUGUUUUUUAAUUCAGGGCUGACAGACAAGUUCCUUACUUUUUCCCCCUUCCAGUUUCCUCUUCCAUUUUUGCAGUAAUGCUGCAAUUAUUUGGUUGUAAUUUUGGGUAGAGCAGACAUUUCCAUAUGUUUGUGUUAGCUGCAUGUGCGACAUAACUCCACCAGUCCUACCUAUGAUAUCAUUUAUGAAGAUUAUACCUUCUUUUUUUAAAAUUCAAAAAAUAAUGUAAUUUUUAUCAAUUAGUAGAUUUGAGUUUAACCACAAUAUUUGUUGCAUUAUUUGUUCUGUCGUUUCUGGGGGAUUAAAUUGAAAUUGCAACAAACUUUCUAUGGCUUGUUUUAGAAAUAGUGAUAUUUGGGAGAUUAUUUCCUUUUCAAAUAACUGAAAGUGAGAGGUUGUAAUCUGAAUAAAGGGAAAAAGGCCAUUCUUGAACAUGGGGUGAGACAAUCUUACUAAUUUGCUAGAGAACCAGUUCGGAUUUAAGUAUAACUUUUGUAUGACUGAAGAUUUUAGUGAUAGGUCUAAUGCUUUAAUAUUUAAUAAUUUCUGUCCUCUGAAUUCAUAUUCAUUAUAUAAAUAGGCCCGUUUAAUUUUGUCUGGCUUGCCGUUCCAAAUAAAAUUGAAUAUUUUUUUCUCAUAUAAUUUAAACAACUGUUCACUAGACGUAGGCCAUAAGCAAAUAGGUAAACUGGGACAAUACUAAAGAGUUAAUCAGGGUGAUUUUCCACAAAUAGACAGGUAUUUACCUUUCCAUCGUAGCAAGAUCUUAUCUAUUUUUUGCUAACUUUCUAUAAAAAUGUAUUGGAGUGAGAUCAUUUAUUUCAUUUGGGAUAUGUAUUCUGAGUAUAUCCACAUCACCAUCAGACCAUUUUAUUGGUAAACUACAUGGUAAUGUAAAAAUUGUAUUUUUUAGUGAUCCAAUACGUAAUAUAGUAUAUUUAUCAUAAUUUGGUUGUAAUCCAGAGAGGUUAGAAAAUGUAUCUAGAUCCUCUAUGAGGCUGUGGAGGGAUUCAAAUUGUGGAUUUAAAAGAAAACAUGAAUCAUCAGCAUACAAUGACACCUUUGUUUUUAAGCCCUGGAUUUCUAAUCGCUUGAUAUUAUUGCUGGAUCUGAUUUUAAUAGCUAACAUUUCGAUGGCCAUAAUAAAUAGAUAUGCCGAUAGUGGAAAACCUUGUUUUACUCCUUGUCACGCCCUGGCUCUGGGGACUCUUAAAUGUUGAGCCAGGGUGUGGAUUUUCAUUGUUUAGUUUUCUAUGUUUUUGUUCUAGAUCGUGUUGAUCUAUGUUGGCCAGGGUGGUUCCCAAUCAGAGACAGCUGUAGCUCGUUGUCUCUGAUUGGGGACCAUACUUAGGCAGCCUGUUGGCACCAGUUAGUUUGUGGGAUCUUGAUCCGUAAAGGUUUGGUGUGUGUAACCUCAGGACCUCACGUAUCGUUGGUUUGUUGUUUUGGUUUUGUUCGUGUGUUAAGUACUAAUUAAAGAUGUACGCUUAUCACGCUGCGCCUUGGUCCGUCUCAUCUAAUAACGAUUGUGACAGAAGAUCCCACCUAAAGAGGACCAAGCAGUGUGUCCAGGAACAGACAGCCUGGACUUGGGAGGAGAUCCUGGACGGGAAGGGAUCCUGGACUUGGGAAGAGAUUCAGGCCGGAAUGGAUCGCCGUCCUUGGGAGGAGACUGUGGAGGCGCGCUACAGAGAGGAGCAGCGGCAUCGCAGAGGGUACCGGCCGAGGAGGAAGCCCGAGAGACAGCCAUAAGAAAAUGUUUGGGGGGGGGCUAAAAGGGUGGUUGGCGGAGCCUAGAGUUAGAGCGGAGCCAGCUCCCCGUACUCAGGCUAGGAAGCGUGAGACUGGGCAGGCUCCGUGUUAUGCGGAGCCACGUACUGUGCCGCGAUUGUUCCGGCACAGUCCUUUACGUCCGGUGCUAGCACCACGCACGUGUCGUGCUAAGAUGGGCAUGCAGCCAGGAUGGGGUGUGCCGGCUCAACGCUCGUGGCCUCCAGUACGCCUCCUCGGUCCCGUAUAUCCUGCGCCAGUGCCACGUGCUGUAGCGCCAGUACGAGGCACAGCCCUGUACGUCCUGUGCUGAUGCCUCACACAUAUUGUGUGGAAAUAGGCAUUCAGCCAGGACGGGUUGUGUCAGCUCUCCGCUCCAGACCUCCAGUCCGCCUCCACAGUCCGGCCCGGCCCGUUCCGGCUCCCCGCACCAAGCCAGUGGUGCGUGUUCCCAGUCCAGCCCCGCCUGUUCCUGUCCCUCGCACCAAGCCAGUGGUACGCGUCGCCAGCCCGGUCCGGCCUGUUCCUGUCCCUCGCACCAAGCCAGUGGUGCGCGUCGCCAGCCAGGUCCGGCCUGUUCCUGCUCCCCGCACCAAGCCUGUGGUGCGCGUCGUCAGCCCGGUCCGGCCCGUUCCUGCUCCCCCACCAAGCCUGUGGUGCGCGUCGUCAGCCCGGUCCGGCCCGUUCCUGCUCCCCGCGCCAAGCCAGUGGUGCGUGUGUCCAGUCCGGCACGGCCCGUGCCUGUUCCACCGGUGCCUGGUCCGGCACCGGUCAGCUGCUCCACUCCGGAGUCAGAGCAAUCCGCUCCACCGGGGUCCGGUCCAACUCCAGUCAGCGGAUCCACUCCGGAGCCAGAGCAAUCCGCUCCACCGGUGUCCAGUCCAGCUCCGGCCAGCGGCUCCAGUCCGGAGGCGGUAAGGUUUGGUCCACCGUCGUCGGGUCCAGCUCCAGUCAGCGGGACCAGACCAGGGGCGCAACGGGGAGGUGGAGAAAAGGUGGUGGUCACGCCCGGAGCCGGAUCCGUCUCCGAGGCGGAAUGCCCACCCGGCCCCUACCCUCUUGUGUUUGUGUGGCGCGGUCGCAGUCCGCGCCUUUGGGGGGGGGGGGGGGGGGUACUGUCACGCCCUGGCUCUGGGGACUCUUAAAUGUUGAGCCAGGGUGUGGAUUUUCAUUGUUUAGUUUUCUAUGUUUUUGUUCUAGAUCGUGUUGAUCUAUGUUGGCCAGGGUGGUUCCCAAUCAGAGACAGCUGUAGCUCGUUGUCUCUGAUUGGGGACCAUACUUAGGCAGCCUGUUGGCACCAGUUAGUUUGUGGGAUCUUGAUCCGUAAAGGUUUGGUGUGUGUAACCUCAGGACUUCACGUAUCGUUGGUUUGUUGUUUUGGUUUUGUUCGUGUGUUAAGUACUAAUUAAAGAUGUACGCUUAUCACGCUGCGCCUUGGUCCGUCUCAUCUAAUAACGAUCGUGACACUCCUCUUGACAGUUUAAAACUUUCAGAAAAUUGCCAUUAUUUACUAUUUUACACCUAGGGUUACUAUACAUGAUUUUAACCAAUUUUAUAAGAGAUUCUCCAAAAUUGAAACGCUCCAGGCAUUUAUAUAUAAACUCCAGUCGUACUUUAUCAAAUGCCUUUUCAAAGUCUGCUAUGAAUAGCAGGCCUGGGUUCCCAGAUGUUUCAUAGUGUUCUAUUGUUUUUAUAAGAGUCAUUUUGUCAUUCAAACUCGCCCUUACCGAGUGUCAGAAAUUAGUUAUUUGUGGUGGGACAUUUAUGGGAAAUAAGACUGACAAAUUAAUUGUAUGGCACAUCCACAUUUAAAAUCUUAGAACCUCAACAAAAGACAUAAAUACAUUUCUUACAUUCACAACUUUUAAAAAUAGAGGAUGAGAUGGGAUAGUUUGUGAUGUGACAAUACACACACACACGCACACUGCAAAGCAACCUUGUUAUUGUAAGUCGCUCUGGAUAAGAGCGUCUGCUAAAUGACGUAAAUGUAAUGUAAAUGUUAUUGUGCCUAAAUAAAGAUUAUCACAAAUGAUUGACCUACAAUUGAAGUCGGAAGUUUACAUACGUUUAGGUUGGAGUCAUUAAAACUUUUUUUUCAACCACUCCACAAGUUUCUUGUAAACAAACUAUAGUUUUGGAAAGUCGGUUAAGACAUCUACUUUGUGCAUGAUACAAGUACUUUUUCCAACAAUUGUUUACAGACAGAUUAUUUCACUUAUAAUCUGAAGUUUACAUACACUAAAUUGACUGUGCCUUUAAACAGCUUGGAAAAUUCCAGAAAAUGAUGUCAUGGCUUUAGAAGCUUCUGAUAGACUAAUUGACAUCAUUUGAGUCAAUUGGAGGUGUACCUGUGGAUGUACUGCAAGGCCUACCUUCAAACUCAGUGCCUCUUUGCUUGACAUCAUGGGAAAAUCAAAAGAAAUCAGCCAAGACCUCAGAAAGAAAUGUGUAGACCUCCACAAGUCUGGUUCAUCCUUGGGAGCAAUUUCCAAACGCCUGAAGGUACCACGUUCAUCUGUACAAACAAUAGUACACAAGUAUAAACACCAUGGGACCACGCAGCCGUCAUACCGCUCAGGAAGGAGACGCGUUCUGUCUCCCAGAACAACAGCAAAGGACCUUAUGAAGAUGCUGGAGGAAACAGGUACAAAAUUAUCUAUAUCCACAGUAAAACGAGUCCUAUAUCGACAUAACGUGAAAGGCCGCUCAGCAAGGAAGAAGCCACUGCUCCAAAACCGCCAUAAAAAUGCCAGACUACGGUUUGCAACUGCACAUGAGGACAAAGAUCGUACUUUUUGGAGAAAUGUCCUCUGGUCUGAUUAAACAAAAAUAUAACUUUUGGCCCUAAUGACCAUCGUUAUGUUUGAAGGAAAAGGGGGGAACUUGUAAGCCAGAGAACACCAUCCCAAACAUGAAGCACGGGGGUGGCCGCAUCAUGCUGUGGGGGUGCUUUGCUGCAGGAGGGACUGGUGCACUUCACAAAAUAGAUGGCAUCAUGAGGAAGGAAAAUUAUGUGGAUAUAUUGAAGCAACAUCUCAAGACAUCAGUCAGGAAGUUAAAGCUUGGUCGCAAAUGGAUCUUCCAAAUGGACAAUGACCCCAAGCAUACUUCCAAAGUUGUGGCAAAAUGGCUUAAGGACAACAAAGUCAAGGUAUUGGAGUGGCCAUCACAAAACCCUGACUUCAAUCCUAUAGAAAAUUUGUGGGCACAACGGAAAAAGCGUGUGUGAGCAAGGAGGCCUACAAACCUGACUCAGUUACACCAGCUCUGUCAGGAGGAAUGGGCCAACAUUCACCCAACUUAUUGUGGGAAGCUUGUGGAAGGCUACCCGAAACGUUUGACCCAAGUUAAACAAUUUAAAGGCAAUGCUACCAAAUACUAAUUGAGUGUAUGUAAACUUCUGACCCACUGGAAAUGUGAUGAAAGAAAUAAAAGCUGAAAUAAAUCAUUCUCUCUACUAUUUUCUGACAUUUCACAGGGAAGUUUUACUAGGAUUAAAUGUCAGGAAUUGUGAAAAACUGAGUUUAAAUGUAUAUGGCUAAGGGGUAUGUAAACUUCCAACUUCAACUGUAUACACCUGAAUACACAAACCAAACCAUGGCAAUUGGAAAGUGUUUAGGGUGUCUGGGUUGUUAUGUAAUGUAUUGAUAAAUGGUCAUCAAAUAUGUGGAAAUUAAAAUACUGUAUGACAUUCAGUUUAGAAUAUGUGCUUUACUGCAUAAGAGGAUUGGUUCGUAAGAAACCAAAUGUACUGUCAAGUAUUUUUGUUAAAAGGAAGAACAUACUGUCAUAAACGGGUUAGCUGACAAUGUCACGAAAACGAUGAGCACGAUUCAAGGUGACUGGGAAUAUGGCAGAAUACAAACAGUGUAGUUCUUCCCUCCGCAUGGCAAAAUGUCAGUAUAGGGACAAAGUGGAGUCGCAAUUCAACGUCUAAGACACGAGACGUAUGUGGCAGAGUCUACAGACAAUCACGGAAUACAAAAAGAAAACCAGCCACGUCGCAGACCUCGACGUCUUGCUUCCGGACAAGCUAAACACCUUCUUCGCCCGCUUUGAGGAUAAUACAGUGCCACCGACGCGGCCCACUACCAAGGAUUGUGGGCUCUCCUUCUCCGUGACCGACGUGAGUAAGACAUUUAAGCGUGUUAACCCUCGCAAGGCUGCCGGCCCAGAUGGCGUCCCUAGCCGCGUCCUCAGAGCAUGCGCAGACCAGCUGACUGGUGUGUUUAUGGACAUAUUCAAUCUCUCCCUAUCCCAGUCUUCUGUCCCCACAUGCUCCAAGAUGGCCACCAUUGUCCCUGUACCCAAGAAAGCAAAGGUAACUGAACUAAAUGACUAUCUGUCAUCAUGAAGUGCUUUGAGAGACUAGUCAAGGAUCAUAUCACCUCUACCUUACCUGCCACCCUAGACCCCCAAGCUUGAGGCCCUGGAUCUGAACCCCGCCCUGUGCAACUGGGUCCUGGACUUCCUGACGGGCCGCCCCCAGGUGGUGAAGGUAGGAAACAACACCUCCACUUUGCUGAUCCUCAACUCUGGGGCCCCACAAGGGUGCAUGCUCAGCCCCCUCCUGUACUCCCUGUUCACCCAUGACUGUGUGGCCAAGCACGCCUCCAACUCAAUCAUCAAGUUUUCAGAUGACACAACAGUAGUAGGCUUGAUUACCAACAAUGACGAGACAGGGAGGAGGUGAGGACUCUGGGAGUGUGAUGUCAGGAAAAUAACCUCUCACUCAACAUCAACAAAACAAAGGAGAUGAUCGUGGACUUCAGGAAACAGCAGAGGGUGCACCCCCCUAUCCACAUCGACGGAACCACAGUGGAGAAGGUGGAAGCUUCAAGUUUGAGGUUGUGGACAGGUGUCUUUUAUACUGAUAACAAGUUCAAACAGGUGCCAUUAAUACAGGUAACGAGUGGAGGACAGAGGAGCCUCUUAAAGAAGAAGUUACAGGUCUGUGAGAGCCAGAAAUCUUGCUUGUUUGUAGGUGACCAAAUACUUAUUUUCCACCAUAAUUUGCAAAUAAAUUCAUAAAAAAUCCUACAAUGUGAUUUUCUGGAUUUCUGGAUAGUUGACGUGUACCUAUGAUGAAAAUUACAGGCCUCUCUCAUCGUUUUAAGUGGGAGAACUUGCACAAUUGGUGGCUGACUAAAUACUUUUUUCCCCCACUGUAUUCUUAAAUUCCAUUCCUUACUUAGAUUUGUGUGUAUUGGGUAUAUGUUGUGAAAUCGUUAGAUAUUACUUGUUAGAUAUUACUGCACUGUCGGAGCUAGAAGCACAAGAUUUUCACUACACCCGCAAUAACAUCUGCUAAAAUUAUAUUUGAUUUGAUUUGAUUAAUGACAUCUGCUGGUCAGCAAUAAAAAGCAGCGGGUGAUUAUCAGAUCUACUUUUUAUUUUCUCCACUGUUUUCAGCAAAACUCCUAAACUAAUACAGUGGCCUGAAACUCCUUUGCGCAGUGGUAAGUCGUUGCCGUUAGUAGCCUAUAAUCAGUUGGAAUACCAGGUCCGCAUCUUACAUCAUGCUUCCCUGUUUUCAAAAAUGGAAUUUAAGGCAUUAUUUAGGAUGCUUAAGACAGAAGCUUAAACUAUAUUAAACAAAACAAAUUAUUUGAACAACAGUGCAGAAAGUGUGAUUUCACAUAAAUAAAACUAUUUUCUAAAUAGUGUGCCUUCAACAGGAUUCAACCUCAUACCCUCACAUCCCUGAAUGUUCCAUAGUUCCCUACUGUACUUGCUAAGCUACCGAUCAGGUGAACAUUUUGGUACAAAAUUGUAACUAUAUUUGUAAGUACAGGGUCCAGAAGAGGUCGGUGUUUGAAAGCAGCUUGGAAUCGAGGAAAGCACCGGAAGCACUGAGAAAUCAGUGGGAUCUCACAUUUUGCAACACACGGUUUGAAAAAGCAUGUGACCAAACGAAGCUUCGAAGUACUUCUGAUAAAGUGAUACAAGCAUCGGCACACCGCUUCGAAGGUAGCUGUUUAGCCAUUUUGAUGCAUGCCUCAGAGCUCCGGUUUUAAACAUAACAUCAUUACUUUUCAGUACCACCCAUGACUGUGUUUGCUAGUGAAAGAGACGUGGUUAUGCAUUAAUUCAUUUUCAGUUCUGUGUCCUAGUGAGAUUCUAAGUGAAUAUGUUGUCAUUAUUUAAGACAAUACAUUACAUAUUUCAUAAGGCCUUCUUUUGAGGGCCUAGUUUUACCCUAAUACAGUGGCCUGCAACUCACAUUAUGCUGGCUUGUAAAGUGAUGUGUAAUUCCUAUUGAAAUCUAGCCAGAGUGGGGAUAUCCAACAAUUUGAAUAUUUUAGUCACCCGCAACCUGCGUUCAGAAUGACUGACAGUGCUAGGGUUGGGAAGACUAACAUAUGAGACUACCUUAAACAUCUAAACUGGAACAACAAUUUCAGUAACUGGUGAAAUAAGUCCAAGUAAUACAUUGGAAUAGUUUAGAAAAAUGUAUAUUAUUUAUAUUUGAUUAAUUAAUCAAUGCAAAUACACAAAAAUAUUGAAACAAUUAUUUAUUUUUUAAAUCAACCUUCAAUAGAGCAUGCUGGGACAUAUGAUAAUGAUGGGCGUGGUUAUGGUUAAACUCUGGUUAUUAACACCAACACUGGGGUCAAUUUACACCACUGAGUGUUAAUUUAACUCUCUACAGUGUUAAAUUAACUUUUGGAUCAACACUAGAAAUGUUACACUGAAAAAUCACUGGCCAAUUUGCUGUGUGCUAUGAAAGGGACACAUCUGCAGAUUUCCAUACAUUUCAAAGACCUUUUAGAAUUCUGAAGAACUGUAGAUGCCAUGUCAAAACCCCACACUUAACUCAAAGGUUAUUCAUCGGGCAAGAGUUCUCCAAGGAACCUUAAGAGCUGAGGAAGAACCAUUUAGUUCUCUGUAGCUCAGCUGGUAGAGCACGGCGCUUGUAACGCCAAGGUAGUGGGUUCGAUCCCCGGGACCACCCAUACACAAAAAUGUAUGCACGCAUGACUGUAAGUCGCUUUGGAUAAAAGCGUCUGCUAAAUGGCAUAUUAUUAUUUACGUACUCCUGAGUGGUGCAGUGGUCUAAGGCACUGCAUCGCAGUGCUAACUGUGCCACUAGAGAUCCUGGUUCGAAUCCAGGCUCUGUCGCAGCCGGCCGCGACCGGGAGACUCAUGGGCGACGCACAAUUGGCCCAGCGUCGUCCAGGGUAGGGGAGGGAAUGGCCGGCAGGGAUGUAGCUCAGUUGAUAGAGCAUGGCGUUUGCAACGCCAGGGUUGUGGGUUCGAUUCCCACGGGGGGCCAGUAUAAAAAAAUAUGUAUUCACUAACUGUAAGUCGCUCUGGAUAAGAGCGUCUGCUAAAUGACUAAAAUGUAAAAAAUGUAAUUAUUAUUUAAGAACCUAUAUUUUUUAAAUUGUAGAUUAAACUAGAGCACAACCAGUUAAACUAGUUUCUAUAGACCUGACAGGUAAGGUGUCUAUAGGAUCCUACAGGUGAAACAGCAAAUAUAUGUCCAGUUAGACAAGCUCACCUCAAUAUGUGCAACACUAGCAUUGAGACAAUUGAAAGGUAGACGACUUUCGAACCGGUUAUCUGAACGGUUCACUGAGAACAAAGACCAAAAAGUGUUGACUGUCAUGAUGUUGAAAUUUUUUACAUGGGGGUGAUGCAGGGGCUGAAAAUGAGCCAUGGAGGAGACCUAUGAAGCGUGGACCAGUCUCAGGACAUCAACCAGGUAAACUGAGUGUGGCGGUCAGUAGCAAGGCCAGAGCAGACUUUAGCGUUUGAGACGUUUUGGCAAAAUGUCAAACAGCCUUGGUAUACUGCAGUAAAUUAUUCCAAUAAAAUGAUGGAUCUUUCCUAAAGAUAAAGCUUAAGUUAUGAUUACUACUCCUUUCCACCAUUUGGCCCCUCCCUCUCUCCUCCCUCCUCUCUCUGACAUCUAUCCUCCUCUUGACCUCCUCCCCUCCUCUUGACCUCUUCUCCAUAUAUAAAGAUUCCCACCUGUGAAUCCCCCUUCUCUUUCUCAAAUCAGCUUGAUGUUGUAUGUUGACGUAGUGCCUGACUGUCAAUUAGGAGUAAAGGACUAACUGUUUUCUUCCAUAAAAGGUAAGUGGGUCAUUCCACCAAUUCGGUGCCUUCUGAGAAGUGUAACUUUAUUUUUUUUAAAGUGAUUUUACUAAAUCUUUAUAUUCUGUCAUCAAAAUGUUUUUCCCAUCUCAAAUAAAAUAGAAAAUACUAUCUAAGUGCCAAAUAAAGUAACAGGGUUGACAAAUUCAUCUCAAAUCAGCCUUGUGACAGGCAAAAUGGAAGCUUGUUGUGCGCAAUAGAAUGCAAGCUUCACAAUAAAAGUGUAAUUGUUAAAACAUUUCUAGCCUGUCUACCUAUGGGUAAUAGUGUUGGCGUGUUGAGCUUGACCCGCUUAGUUUUCCACCGCAAAACACCAGAAAAUUGCCAAAAAGAGUAGAACCAGCUCACCUGCUUUUACAGGAUGAUUUGACAAUUAGAUGUAAAAUGUUUCUUUUGAAAAACAAUUUUUUUUAAGGAAUAGUUUUACCAUAUUGAAUUGAGAGUUCAGUUCACGCAACAGGGUAGACCUUAAAAUGAGGUACUAGGGCUUUACAAUCAUUUACAUUUUAAUCAUUUAGCAGACACUCUUAUCCAGAGCAACUUAUAGUUAGUGAGUGCAUACAUUUUUCAUACUGGCCCCCCGUGGGAAUCGAACCCACAACCCUGACAUUACAAGCACCAUGCUCUACCAACUGAGCCACAGGAGGCAAUCAUGGUGAAAACUUUGAGAAAUGUUGGGGUUAAGUGGGUAACAAUCUUCCUAGAAGUCACAUAGGGUGCACGGAGGGAGAUGUCAAAAUACAGCAUUUUGGCACUUUAGCAAGUCUUUAUUCAAAUAAAACAUGUGGUAUAUAUUAAAGUGAUAAGAGAAGGAAAGAAUGGCCUUUCUAGGACUGUGUCCCAAAUGGCACCUUAUUCCCUUUUCUAGAGUACCACUUUGACCAGGGGCCAUAGGGCUCUUGUCAGGAGUCUUGUACUAUACAGGCUAUGGGGUGACAUUUGGGACACAAUCUUGGAUAUGUGAGCGGUUGUUUUCUCGAAGUGCAUCAGUUUCGUGUUUUGCUCAGUUGGUAGUACAUGGCGCUUGCAACGUCAGGGUUGUUGUGGGUUUGAUUCCCAUGGGGGGAAUUCAGUACGAAAAUGUACGCACUGACUACUUUAAUUCGCUCCGGAUAAGAGCGUCUGCUAAAAUGAAUAAAUAUGUCAAGGGCACUUCAUUUAAUAUAACAGGCUCUUAAAAUUCAAAUGGUGCACAAUUUCUACUUGAAAUAUUGAAGGGACGCAAAAGGAACGACAAGUGUUCACCUUUUACAUUUUACAGAACUGUUUAGAAUAGAAUAGAAUAGAGAAAAACUAUGCUAUUGCCUGUAUUAAUGGGGAAAUGGAGACCUCUGGUUUCUGGUUCAGCUCUGGUCUGUGGGAUGGUGCUGACCUGAACGAUCUGUCAGUUCGUUUGCUGACAGCUCACACAUUCUAGAUUUGAUUUUAGUCCCUAGUACAUAAGGAGAAGGAUGUAUUUCUUUAUGAGUUAAGUCUGAUGGUAGAACAUCUUUCUGUUUCUGACACUCCAUUUCUCUCACACACAAGCACCUCUCUCUCCUCCCAGCCGUUUGAAAUAGACUCACCAUAUGAGAGGAUGGCCCCGCCCUUGGCAAGAUCUGCUCCAGGUGAGCUCAGCCAUUGGUGGAGCCAGCUUAGGUUCCGCCUCCAGAACAGGAAAGGGUGGAAAGAGAUGCUGGAUGAAACUUUUUUGCUGCAGAACAAAAGGUGAGUUUCCUAUUGGUAAAAAAGAACAGCUACUGUCAAGUAUUGGUUGAUAUUAUGCUGCAUUCAUAACAAGUAAAUUAUGUUUUGUUGUUGCAUUUAACUGCAGAAAAUGCUGUUAUCGAGGUCAUUUGUUAAGUAUAACAUUGGGCAAAAACGGGUUGAAUCAACGUUGUUUCCACGUCAUUUCAACCAAAAAAAUCUAUGUGAAAACGUAUUGGAUUUGGAAAAAGUCAUCAACAUCAGGGCAUUUCGUAUUUUUUUCUCCUAACUUUUAACCUAAACCCAAUGACAUAGAGAAAUGUUUUGUUGAUUUCACGUUGAAUUCACAAUAGUUGACAACUCAACCAAAUGUAAAUCAAAAUAAGACGUUGAACUGAUCUCUGUGCCCAGUGGGAUGUGACAUCAGAGCUCAGCAUGUGGGAGAAGUCUAAGCUCAGAGAUGAUAGACCGUUUCCCACUAGUAAUUACCAGCUGGAGGGGCGUUCAAGUGGAUUUGCUGAUAUUUACGAGAUGUUCUGAACGCAGCAUUAGAUUUCUAACUUGCAAACACACUCUCUCUCCCAUAGAACAAACAACGUCCCUCUCUUCUUUGCCGCCAAAGAGAACAGUGCAGGUUGCAUUAAGAAACUUCUGGACUGUGCGUCCACUAAUAUCUUUGAGAGAGGUGCUCUGGGGGAGACCGCGCUGCAUGUGGCAGUUAUGAAUGAUAACAUGGAGGCAGCUUUAGCUCUGAUGGACGGAGCACCUGAACUCAUCAAUGAGCCCAUGACCUCUGACCUCUUCCUUGGUACACACUCUCACACACAAUGAACAAACACACACUAUAAUAUCAUAAAACUCACAUAGACAUUCAAUCACGCAAUCAUACAUUCUCUCUCUCUUACUCGCUCUCAAUCAGGCAUGACACCUCUCCACGUUGCCGUGGUGAAUCAGAACAUUAACCUGGUCCGCAGUCUGAUUGGUCGAGGGGCGGAUGUGGCCACGCCCAGAGUCACAGGCCUGUACUUCAGGAAGAGAAGAGGCGGGCUGCUCUACUAUGGUAAAAUGACUGUAUGUGGUCUGUAAGGAGAAAAUAAAUGCAUUUUGGGAAAUGUGGUUGUUUGAUGCUGUUUGCUUUACUUUAGGUGAGCACAUCCUGGCAUUUGCGGCCUGUGUGGGGAAUCAGGACAUCAUCUCCAUGGUGAUCAACGCAGGAGCCAGCACCAGAGCCCAGGACUCCAUUGGUAUGAAACACUUCUCUUUCUUCUCCUCGUCCUCCCCCUCUUCUCUCUUCUCCUUUUUUCAGCAGUUGAAUAUCUCCCUCUCUCCCCCCUAGGUAACACAGUGCUCCACAUCCUGGUCCUGCAGCCCAAUAAGACUAUAGCAUGCAUGGCAAUGGAUCUAGUGUUGGCACGCGACGUUGAGCUGGACCAGGCUGUGCCACUGGACAUGGUGCCCAACUACCGUGGCUUAACACCCUUCAAACUGGCUGCCAAGGAGGGCAACCUUGUGGUGAGGAAGGAUAGGGGGAUAUAAAGAGAGGGACAGUGGGGAACAUGGGAACAGUAAAAAUAUAUAUAAAUACUGUCUCUCCCAGGCAUUCCAGCACCUGGUCAAUCGGAGGCGAGUCGUCCAAUGGAACCUUGGACCGCUGUCCUCUAACCUCUAUGACCUCACAGAGAUCGACUCCUGGGCCAACAACCUCUCUGUGCUGGAGCUCAUCGUGGGCAGCCAGAGGAGAGAGGUACAGUACAGUACAGUACACAAACAUGAUACAGUGUAAUAUACACUAUAGGGAAACUGAUGAUGAUGAUGAUCUCCUCCCUCAGGCAAGGAGGAUACUGGAAGUGACUCCUGUUAGGCAGUUGGUCAGUCUCAAGUGGAACCUCUAUGGAAAACACUACUUUAGGUAACAACACAUACAGUGAUCAUGUUCUGAUGUGUUUGAGAUUCUGCCAUUUGUUUAUUUCUAAUGUUGUUUUAACGUUGUUAUUGUGUUGUGUACAGGUUGUUGCUGCUGCUGUACGUCCUGUACAUUGGGAUCUUCACUCUGUGUUGUGUGUGUCGCCCUCUAAAGGACGCUCCAGAGAAUUACACUGUAUCUGACAGGGACAAAACCAUCCGAGUGCAGAAAACUCUGAAGGUGGGGGAGACAUGAAGGCCCCUUCAUAUGACAGCCUGUGUGCAAAUCCACAAUCAAAGGUGUUCAUAUUAACCCUUUGUGAUCCACGUGUCUUGUUCUCUGUCCCUGUAGGAGAGUUAUGUGACCUAUGGGGACAACUUGCGUCUGGGAGGAGAGAUGAUCAGUGUCCUGGGUGCCCUGGUUAUUCUGCUACUGGAGGUAAAAUAUACAUUAUCCAAUAGUUUUACAUUUCACUUAUAUUUACACUGUAGAUUAGAUCAGAUUAUUGUCUGUCAAUAUAAUCUGUGUUAUUCCCAAUCCCUAAGAUCCCAGAUAUGCUGAGAGUGGGGGCCAAGCAUUACUUUGGACAGACGGCCCUGGGGGGACCCUUCCAUGUCAUUCUGUACGUCAACCUUGGUACCUAUGUAUCCUUUAUUACCUGCCUAGUGAUGUUAUUAUUAUGUCAUGUCUAUGUAGCAUUUAUACCCUGUGUAAUAACCUGUGUGUUUCCUCCCCAGUAUUGCCUAUGCGAUGCUGGUGGUGCUGCUGUGUGUGUUCAGGGUCAGUGGGGUGCAGGGGGAGGCAGUUGUCAUGGCUGUGUGUCUGGUACUGGGCUGGAGUAACGUCAUGUUCUUCGCCCGAGGCUUUCAGAUGCUGGGGCCUUAUGUCAUCAUGAUACAGAAGGUAUGUAAGGGCAGCAGACACACACAUAUGCACGCUCGCACACACACACACACACACACACAAGCAUUUGCAGGACGUUACUGUAGAAUGUGUGGUUUUGCUGUUUUGAUUCCAAUAUUAAACUGUUGUGGCGUUUUGUCUCAUUUCCUCCUAGAUUAUAUUUGGAGACCUCACCAAGUUCAUGUGGCUGAGCUUCAUCAUGCUCAUAGGGUUUUCCACCUGUAAGUACAUUCUGUUUAAGAGAAACUCAAAAACCAUAUUAAUAGUACAAAUAUAUUAAACCAAAUAGAAUUCCUAUUUUUAUUUGCCAGUUAUUCUCUCUCACUCUCUCUUUCUCUCGCUCUCUCUCAGCCCUGUGGAUGGUGUACAUGACUCAGGACCCAGACUCUCUGCCUGCGUACCACUCCUUCCCCAUCACUCUGUUCUCUCUGUUUGAGCUGAGUGUGGGUCUGAUAGACCUUCCAGUGGACAACACCAUCAUAACGCCACCUAUUGUCCAUGUGCUGCACUGCACCUUCUCUGUGGUCGCCCACUUACUGCUGCUCAACCUGCUCACAGCCAUGAUGAGUGAUACACAAUGGAGAGUAGCCCAGGAGAGGGACGAGCUCUGGAGGACACAGGUGUGCCAGACACACACAUUUUGACACACACACAUGCACACACACACACUCAGGAACACACACACACUCAGGAACACACACACACAGUCUCUCCUACAUACGCCAUACAAAUUGCUUAAAACCAUGAUUAGAGUGUAUACAGCAUCCCAAUCAGUGCCAUGUUACUGAUCCUUAUGUCCUCUGUCCCUGCUCACUGUGUGUAGGUGGUGGCCACUACCCUGAUGUUGGAGAGGAGGUUGCCCCGCUGCCUGUGGCCACGGCUGGGGGUAUGUGGCCUGCUCUACGGCCUGGGGGAGCGAUGGUACCUCCGGUAAGACAACAACACUCCUAUUACUGUACUCUCUGUUUUAGGUGUGGUGGUGUUAACAGUGUUUCCCCAUCCCCAUCAUAUACAGGCUUUAUAUUAUAAUGACUCUCAUACUCUGUCUCCGUUGCAGGGUUGAGGAUCGCAAAGACCCACUGGUGCAAAAGAUGCGUCGCUACAUCCAAGCCUUCUCUAAGGAUGAGGAUCAGAGCAAGGAGCGGAAGGAGGAGGAGAAAGGACCUGGAAACAGGAAGUCCCUGGAAUUCUGGCAGAUGAUUCGCCACAGCGCUCUGGGUUUAGACAUGGAACAGGAAGAGCCUGAGGAUGACCUGGAAGUAAGAUAGGGCUGAGGUUUAAGACAGCAAAACAGAUCAUUAUAUUGUUAUUAUAUAAUAUAUGUGUGAUGCAAUCAUGAAUGCAGAGGCGCCAUGCCCAUAGGGGGCACAAGGGC